AUGUUUCAACAACUUCCUCCCGGCAGCGCCAUUAUUUCAAAUACCCCCAUCGUUUCAAAAUACGAUUAUAAACCAAGUCUAACUAAAGUGCCUGUGGAAUACAUCUUUAUUGACAAGAACCAUCAACUACGAUCUAAAGCAAAGACAUUGGACUUUAUACCAACCUCACUUAAAGAUAUCCCGCCAUUAAAUCUAUUUCUAGAUGAUGAACAAAAGAAAGCAAACGAAGAUUUACACUUGACACUACAGCAAUAUCAACCUGUCGCCAUGUAUGAUGACCCUUUUCGUGCUACUCAUGGUGGAAAGUUAGUCUUGUGUGAAUCACCUACACGAAAAGAGUGUAAAGACAUUAUGGAUCAUUAUGCUCUGCUAGAACCAUGGUUUGGAAUGGAACAGGAAUACGUCCUAUUUGAUCCAAAAACGAAUAAACCUUUAGGCUGGCCAAUGCAUGGUGAACCUGAAUCCCAGGGUAAAUAUUAUUGCGGUGUAGGUGCAGGUAAAAUCUUUGGUAGAGAUAUCAUUGAAGCCCAUUAUAGAGCAUGUUUAUAUGCAGGCAUCACCAUAUGCGGGUCAAAUGCAGAGGUCACACCAGGUCAGCUAGAAUAUCAGAUUGGACCAUGCGUUGGCGUAUCUAUCGGGGAUGAAUUAUGGGUGGCAAGGUACAUUAUGGAACGCGUAGCUGAAGAUUUCGGUAUAAUUGUGUCGCUGCAUCCAAAACCCAUUUUAGGCGAUUGGAAUCCCACAGGCUGCCACACAAAUUUCUCCACAAAAGAAAUGCGGUCAGUGGAGACGGGAUUACAAGCAAUAGAUCAAGCAAUUGAGAAUAUGAGUUGGAAGCAUCUAGAACAUAUCCAGGUGUAUGGUCAAGAUAAUCAUUUAAGAUUAACGGGAGAAUAUGAGACGGGUCACAUUAGUGUAUUUUCAUACGGCGUCGGUAAUCGUGGAGCAUCCAUCAGAAUCCCUCGUAGAGUCGCACUAGAAGGAAAAGGUUACAUGGAAGAUCGUCGGCCUGCUUCGAAUAUAGAUCCAUAUCUCGUCACUUCCAUCAUGAUGAAAUCAUCUUUUAAUUACAAGUCUCCGCUUGAGCAAUCCAUAUCAUGUAUAUUUUAA